AUGAUUCUUAAGUUGGGAUUCUGUAUGUUGCUUGCUUUGGCUUCUGUGUUGGGUAAUGAAAGUUGCUUCAAACGUGGGGAGACAUUUCUCUCGAAGCUCAACACGGAAAUAGAGUUUUUAGAGAAAAGCAUUGUGGGGCUUUCAUCCAUCAUGAAAGACGUCAUGUGGAGUUCGCUUCAAAUGGAGAUGCGACUUAGGCUGCUGCGGAUGGAAAUGGACACCUUUAGGCAGGCGUCGUUAGUUGCUGACAGUGCUACAUCUAUGUACAAUACACCAUCAGCGUCUAUCAAGGACUCGUCUUCCUCCACCGUACUACCACAGAAACCAGCUCCAGUUGCUUCAUCACCAGCAUCCACAACUACAACGUCGAGCAAUAUUAGCUGUCUGCAGCAGCUGCUUCAGGAUCAGGUACAAGGUAACGUGUUGAUCGAAAUCAAAGUUGCUCCAACAACAACGGUUGUACAACCAACGGAACCAGCUCCAAAAACAGGCGAGAUAACGUCUUGUUCGAAGGCACCCAAAACGGGUAUUUAUCAGUUGAAACUAUCACAAAACGUCUCCACAAACGUGCUAUGUGAUGCAGACUACGACAAUGGCGGUUGGGUAGUGAUACAAUAUCGUUUUAAUGGUUCGGAGGAGUUUUAUCGAAACUGGACUGACUAUAAUAAUGGAUUUGGAUCACUUAACGGCGAGUUUUGGUUGGGAAACCAAUACAUCUAUCAGCUUACCACUGAAAAACCACGUGAAAUUGUCUUCAUGAUGGAGGACUUUGAAGGAGGAAAAGCAGUGGCGAAGUAUGCCUCGUUUAAAAUGGGAGACCAAACGGAAAAGUACAUCUUGAAAAGCCUAGGAUCUUUUAGUGGUAACGCAGGAGAUUCGUUGUCGCGUAACGUUGGAUCUAAGUUUAGCACGCCCGACAUGGAUAACGAUAAGUCCUCGAGCCAUUGUGCACUGCUAUACGCGGGAGGAUGGUGGUACGACGAUUGCCAUCUUUCUAACUUGAAUGGGCAGUACAUGAAGGGACCCACCAGCGUUUAUGCGAAGUCCAUGUGCUGGAGCUCGUUCAAAGGAUUCCAUUAUUCGCUCAAAAUAUCUCGCAUCAUGGUACGUUUUUAA